AGAUGAUGUAAAUGUCUCUCGCUGAGGGCCGCGUCUCAUGUCACACUCGCUCCUGGGGUCUCUGAACCCCCCUGACCAGCAAGAACCACGGACUCAGACGCUGCUCUGGAGUCGGCCACUCCUGCCGGAGGUCGGCUGGGCGCAGGAGCCGGUGGCUCUCCGUUCUAUCGUGAGCUGUGGUUUAUUAUGCUCAUGACUGGGGUCGGACUGCUGCUGUUUGCUCUGAUUCUGGCCGUCAUUUUACAAAAGACUCUCAACAAAUCAGCGUUCACCAGAGAACGGCCUCCUCUCGUACCCCUGCCGCCGCACCGCCGCACCCCGCUGGCCACAUACCCGCCCAGCAACUCCUACCUGUUUGACAUGGUUCCAGAUACGGUGGGUUCUUCAAACAGUGUCACGCUGAAGGCAUUCACCAUGCACAUGGAGGAGGUGAUUGAGGAUAAGGUGAUGAAGGAAGAUGUUUCUCCUGAGGGUGAGACGGGUUUAGUGACUGUCUCGGGUCUGUACACACAGAACCUGUUACAGCGCAGCGUCAGUCAGCUGAUGGACAGUAAAGAUCCGGAUUCAUGGGAGCCGCAUUUCAGACGCCUCGACAGCGGCCUGUUUGAAGGUGAGGAGUUUGUGGACACCAUCAAAGGCUUCAGUACAGUAAGGAAAGAACACACAAUGUUUACGGACACCAACCUUUGACCUUCAUCAUGAUCCUUCACCUCUGAAGUGGAGAAUGAACAUUUUCAGUUAACAUGGCUCUGAUCUGGGAUUCAUAUUUCUAUUGACUCUGACACUAGCGAUGUGUCCCUAACACACACACAAAAGAUGAAUUGAUGAAACUGGAUUAUACAAUGAAAACUGCUCUAUGAAAACAGAUAACUCGAAGUUUUGAUUAAUGUUUGGUUGGAUUAUUACAAAAUAAAGAAAUUGUUUUCCAUGUACAUUGAUGAUUUUUUAUAGCAAUCAAUGUUGUGUUUGAUGGUUAAUGUAAU